AAUUCGAGCUCACCGGAAUCCCUCCUGCUCCCAGAGACGUGCCUCAGAUCAAUGUCUGUUUCGACAUUGAUGCGAAUGGGAUAUUGAACGUGUCGGCGGAGGAUAAGACGGCGGGGGCUGAGCAAGGAGGAGACAGAGAAGAUGGUACAGGAUCCGGAGAAGGGCAGGGCGGAGGACGAGGAGGUGAAGAAGAAGGUGGAAGCAAAGAAUGCGUUGGAGAAUUAUGCGUACAACAUGAGGAACACCGUGAGGGAUGAUAAAUUUGCCGGGAAAUUGGAUCCGGCGGACAAGGAGAAGAUCGAGAAGGCGGUGGACGACGCGAUUAAUUGGCUGGAGGGGAACCAGUUGGCGGAAGUUGAUGAGUUGGAGGACAAGUAGACGGAGCUGGAGCCUGGAGGGGCUGUGGAAUCCUAUUAAAAAAAUAAAAAGAAAAGAAAAUAGUGUAAUAAAAUAAUAUUUAAUUUGACAUACAGAUGAAGAGUAAACUUUUUAAAGAUAUCAAAACAUAAAUCGUCAAAUUCAAAUUUUAUAUUUAAAAUUUGACAUCUCAUUCGAAGAUGUUCUAAUAACGAUUUCCUAAAAGCAUGUAAGACAAAUUAGGGGGUAUCGUGUAUCAUAUCAUGGCUUGGGAAUUGGUGGCAAGGAAACCGCAAGGACUUUCUCUUCUC